GAGGGAGAGAGAGAGGAAGAGAAAUAAGAGGAGAGAGUGAGUGAGAGAGAGAGUGAGUGAGAGACAGAGAGAGAGAGAGAGAGAGAGAGAGAGAGAGUGAAAAGGAAGCUCAGUUCCUGCUGUCGGAGAAGUUUUGAGCGGCAGUGAUCACCAACAGGAUGUCAGUGUGUGUGAGGGCUCGCAGUGUGUCGGGGCGUCCGGAGGGUCCGUACCGGGCGGUGGACAGUGUGGAGGCUCUGGCCCAGCAGGACUUUGAGGGAGUGGACACACUGGACAAACUCUUCAGACACGCAGUGACCAACUUCAAACAGUCUCCCUGUCUGGGGACGAGAGAGAUAAUCUCCCAGGAGAAAGAGACCCAGGCCGACGGGAAGGUCUUCCAGAAGCUGGUGCUGGGGGAGUACGGCUGGAAGUCGUAUGAGGAAGUGGAGCGUGAGGUGGAGCUGCUGGGCAGCGGGCUGGCGGCGUUGGGUCAACAGCCAAAGACCAACAUCGCCAUCUUCUGUGAGACGCGAGCGGAGUGGAUGGUCACGGCGCAGGCCUGCUUCAGACGCAACUACCCACUGGUGACGCUCUACGCCACUCUGGGUGAGGAAGCUGUAGCUUUCGGGCUGAAUCAGUGUGGAGCGACUCUCCUCAUCACCAGCAAAGAGCUGCUGGACUCUAAGCUGAAGGCUGUGCUGGCUGAGGUUCCGGGACUGAAGCAUGUGAUCUACACAGGCAGUGGGAGCAUCACUGCAGGAGAUUACCCACAAUCCCUCACAAUCCACAAAAUGCAGGACGUCAUAGACCUGGGAGCCAAACCUGAGAACUUGUCUGUGGAGUUUGCUCCUCCCUCUCCGUCUGACCUGGCCGUGGUGAUGUACACGAGUGGAUCCACCGGUCAGCCCAAAGGCGUCAUGAUGCUCCACAGUAACCUCAUCGCUGGAAUGACUGGCCAAUGUCAACGCAUCCCAGGGCUAGGGCGUGAGGACGUGUAUAUCGGUUAUCUCCCUCUGGCUCACGUUCUGGAACUGACAGCGGAAAUUUCCUGUUUAACGUACGGCUGCAGGAUCGGAUACUCAUCUCCACACACACUGUCAGACCAGUCCAGUAAGAUUAAGAAGGGCAGUAAGGGGGACUGCUCCGUGCUGAAGCCCACUCUGAUCGCCGCUGUUCCGGAGAUUAUGGACCGGAUCUAUAAGAACGUGAUGAGUAAGGUCAGCGAGUCCAGUCUGGUCCAGAGGACUCUGUUCAAGAUGGCCUACAGAUACAAGCUGCAGCAGCUGGAGAGCGGAGCGGACACGCCCAUCUGCAACACGUGAGUCACACGCCUGUUCACCAACGAGUCGUUCACUCAAAUGAUUCGUUUCUCCUGAAUCGUUUCAGUGUUAAAGAGCAGCAUCAGUGAUGAUCGACUACAGGGACGUCAGUAACUCACAACCAUCAGACACGUCAGCGACUCACACUCUCGCACUGCGGAGCGUAAACGUUAGCGCGUUCUUCCAGUAAAGAACCUUUAAACGUUCCGUUUCUGCACCGAGGAGGCGACUUAACACUGUUUAAUACAGACGCUGUUAUUCACACAUUCACUACUCU